UACUAUCUCUAGGCAGAUAUUCUUCUAAAAUAUUAUGUGUGUGGAGUAAACAAAUGAUUUAGAGUCUCUAAAUACAUAAAGACAAUGAGUUUUAGGGUUAAAUCUGUGUGUUCUUCAGGAGUGUUUGCAGUGAAGUCAGUGUCAGUGAUUGAGGGAGAUUCAGUCUCUCUAAACUCUGAUCUCACUGAAAUGAUGGAUGAUGAUGUGAUUCAGUGGAGAUUUGGGGAUGAAAACACUUUAAUUGCUGAAAUCGAUGUACUGGAGGACAGAAUGACUGUAUAUGAAGAUGUUCCUGAUGGGAGAUUCAGAGACAGACUGAAGCUGGACGAUCAAACUGGAUCUCUGACCAUCACACACACCACGACUGAACAUGAAGGAGUUUAUGAACUACAAACCAACAGUGUAAGAAAGAUUUUCGUUCUCGCAGUCUACGCUCGUCUGCCUGUUCCUGUCAUCAACAGAGACUGUUCUUCAUCAUCAUCAUCAUGUUCACUGGUGUGUUCAUCAUCAGUGUUGAGUGUGUGUGAUGCGACUCUGUCCUGGUACGCAGGAAUGAGUGUAUUGUCCAGCAUCAGUGUGUGUGAUCUCAGCAUCAGUCUCUCUCUACCUCUGGAUGUGGAGUAUGAGGAUAAAAACACCUACAGCUGUGUGCUGAACAAUCCCAUCAGCAACCAGACCACACAUCUGGACAUCAGACACACAUCUGCAGAAGUCCACUGCUGUGGAUCUACUGAAGCUGUGAUCCGAUUGGUCCUCUCUGCUGUGGUGGGUGUGGCUACUGUCAUUCUUCUGGUUUAUGACAUCAGAUCCACAACUAAUGGAAGAUCAGUUGAAGAAUCAACAGCUGUUAUUUUCAACAACUAAAUAAUUUCAAUUGAGAUGUGUACCACUGUGUAUUAUGCUGAGUGCACAUCAACAUGAAUACAUUAAGCAAUUGCUUUGUUUUUCUAUUUUAGGGCUUUUUUUAUUUUAUUUUUUUUACAAUUGUAUUAGUUGUCUUGUAUCAAUAGCACAACCAAGACAGCAUUUUGUUUUAUUGAAAUUAAUAGAAUUGUUACUCACUUAAAAAUACCAUUUGUUGUGUUUUGCAUACCGAUAUCAACAUUCAUGUUGGAAAGGUUUUGUAUCUUCACGACUGUCAGUUGCCAUAUAUACAACAAUAUUAAUAAAGCGUCAUUUCUGAAUAAUCAUCCAAUUUAUAGAUGGAUAAAGACCAACAAAAACUUUAAUAAUGAAUUUGCCAUAUUAUAU